GAAGAAGCGGAAAUGACGACCGUAACGGAAGUUAUCGACAGGAAAACAACAACGCGCCAAAUUUGUGUCACAUUCACUCCAGUAACUCUCUGAGACACAAAAGUCCAAUCUUUGUGAAGACAUUUGGAAAACGCUGCUGGCGGCGGUCGGCUGUGCGGCAUGGCUGUGCCUUUUGUGCAAGACUGGGACCUUGUUCAGACACUGGGAGAAGGAGCCUAUGGAGAAGUGAGGCUGCUGGUGAACAGACAGACAGAGGAGGCUGUGGCAGUGAAGGUGAUCGAUACCUCUCAGGCUAAAGAGUGUGCUGAAAAUGUCAAGAAGGAGGUCUGCGUCCAUAAGACGCUCAACCACCCCAACAUCGUACGAUUUUUUGGCCAUCGGAAGGAAGGUCAGACUAUGUACCUCUUCUUGGAGUACUGCACCGGAGGAGAGCUUUUCGACCGAAUCGAGCCUGAUGUGGGGAUGGCGGAGAAAGAUGCUCAUAGAUUUUUCCAGCAGCUAAUAGCGGCUGUGGAAUACCUCCACGUUACUGGCAUCACCCACAGAGACAUAAAGCCAGAGAACAUUUUGCUGGAUGACAAAGAUAACCUGAAGCUGACAGAUUUUGGUCUGGCCACCAUGUUUCGUUUCAAAGGACGAGAGCGUCUUCUGAGUCGACUCUGUGGGACGCUUCCAUACGUGGCUCCGGAGCUUCUCAGCCAGAAAGAGUUCAAAGCUCAACCUGCAGAUAUCUGGGCUUGUGGGAUAGUCCUCACUGCCAUGCUGGCUGGAGAGUUGCCAUGGGACCAGCCCACUGAGAGCUGUCAAGAGUAUUCAGAUUGGCUUCAAAAGAAAACGUAUCUACCUCCUUGGAAGAAAAUACAACCAAUGCCUCUCAGUUUGCUGUCCAAAUUACUGCUGGCCAGUCCAGAUGCACGGAUCACCAUCGCAGACAUAAAGAAAGACCGCUGGUUUACUCAAGGUGUAAAGCAGCCGCCUCUGUGCUCAGGAGGAAAAAAACUUCGAUCAGAUGCGGGACUUGUAUCACGGGCCAACAGUGAUGACAGGAUGCUGUUUUCCAGCUCUCAGCCUGAUUUUGCAGCAGGUGGCUGGGAAGCCAUGUUGUUAAUCAGCCAAACCGAAGGUCAGGUCAGCUUCUCUCAGCCGACCAAGCCAGAGCACAUGUUGCUGGGUAGUCAGCUUCUGGGCACACCAGGGGCCAGUCAGUCACCGUGGCAAAGAUUAGUGCGGAGAAUGACGCGUUUCUUCACCACUGUGAAUGCCGACGCCUCCUUAUCGGCCCUGAAAGAUGCCUGUGACGGCCUGGCACUUGGCUUCAAACUCAGCUGCACCAAACAGGUGACAGUGAGCACACUGGACAAACGCAACAACAAACUCAUCUUCAAAGUCCAUUUACUAGAGCUGAAUCAGAUAGUGCUGCUGGAUUUCAGACUGUCUAAGGGUGACGGUCUGGAGUUCAAGCGUCUCUUUGUGAAAAUAAAACAGAAGCUCGGUGAAAUCAUCAGCACUCAGAAGAUCACAUGAGCUGCCUCUGCAAAUAAAUGCACAGUACUAUGGACCUGUAUAUAUUUAGCUGUUCCGCUGAUGUAUUGUAAUGUAUUCUGCUCUUCUGUGUCUUUUUGUUUUCUUGUUUGCUCCUAUCCCUGUGAGAAGCAGUUAAAUGUUAGAUUUCAGGAGGGUAGAUACUUUUUUAAGGGGGUUUGUUAUUAGGUUUAGAUUAAUGUUAGAAUGUAAUUAUUGUUGAAGGUAGAUACACAAAGGGAUAGAUGUGUGUGUGUGUGUGUGUGUGUGUGUGUGUGUGUCUGUCUAUGUUCUGCAUUUUAAAAAGACUGAUGUUGACUUGUUUUGAUGUCUGACAUGAUAUAGUCCAAAGUCUUGAAUAAAUUAUUAAAAGAC